AUGAAAGAAAAUAAAAUGAUUGAGACGACAACAAUGAAAUCAACAAUUAUGCAAGGAAAAUAUAGACGAGGUGAUAAAAUUAAAACAAUUAAGGUAUCUUGGGAUUCAGCUCGGUUAGCUGAUAAACCAUUAGUGGAAAGUUCCAGUAUUGGUCUUGAAAAUAAAAAUCAUUUGAUGAUCCAAAAUAUUGAUACAAUAUCAUCAUCAAUCAAUAAUGAUCAAGGUCCAACAUCAAUGAUUGCUGGCCAAUUGAUUAUCUAUGAUUUGGAUGAAGAGCCACCAAAUAUUAGCCAAUUAAACAAGGAAAAAGGUAAUGCUUUGGCUCAAUUUAAUUAA